AUGUUUCCUUCCACUUAUUGCUCUUUAGGUUCUUACCCUAAUUAUAAUUCUUCUUCAUCUUCACAUUCAUACCCUCCUUUUACUUACCUUACCCCUGACCAAAAUGCUUCUUCAAACAACAAUAGCAACAACAUCAACACUUUUCUUCAUGAUCCAACUAUUUCUGUUCCAUACACACAAACUUCACAUCAUCAUCAUCAUCAUGUUCCAAUUAAUCCUGAAACACUAACAAAUUGGGCAGUUGCUGAUUAUGCUGCAAUGCUCAAACAAGAUCUAAGUGGUGGUUCUUCUCAUUACAACUUCUCAAAUUUGCUUGCCAAAAAGCCGCUGAAGAAACCGGCCAAGAAAGACCGGCACAGCAAGAUUCAUACAUCUCAAGGUUUGAGAGACAGAAGGGUGAGGCUCUCCAUCGAGAUAGCGCGGAAGUUCUUCGAUCUUCAAGACAUGUUAGGGUUUGACAAAGCUAGCAACACACUUGAGUGGCUUUUCAACAAAUCAAAAGAAGCAAUUGAAGAGUUAACUAGAAGCAAGAACAAUAUAGCUUCUGGUGUGGAUGAUGCUGAUGAUCAUAGCCUCUCUUCUUCGUCUUCCGAAGGAGAAGACGAAGUUCGGAAGAUGAAAAGAGCACAGAAAGAAUCUUCAAAGAUGAAAGACUCAAGAGAGAAAGCAAGAGCAAGAGCAAGAGAAAGAACAAGUGAAAUGAAGAUUCAAGAUUUGAAGGAAAAGUACCCAGAAACUGAUCAUAAUCAGCAAAUUCUUCAUCAAUUGAUGCCUAACGACGACGAAAAUUCGAAACUAGCUCAAAGAGAUGAUAUCUUUAACUUUAUUGAGGAAUCAAUUGUGAUUAAGAGAAAGCUGAAGAAAUCUUCUUCACAACAUCAUCAACAAAACAUUAGUUUUGAUCACAAUGACUCUCCAAUGUUAUCAACAAAUUGGGAUACAAAUAAUAAUAAUAAUAAUAAUAAUAAUAAUAAUAAUAAUAAUAAUAAUAAUAAUAAUAAUAAUAAUAAUAAUAAUAAUAAUGCUGCUGCAACAGGAAGAUCCAACUUUUCUGCAAUAUCAAGAAUGAAUCUGUCAUCAGGGCUACAAAUCUUUGGAAAAUCAUGGGAAGAAUGCAAUAACAGUCCAAAUAGAUAUUAG